AUGAGUCCUGACGCUUUCAUCCAGCUAUCACUUCAGCUUGCAUUCUACAGGUGCCACAGGAAACUUGUCCCAACCUAUGAGAGUGCUUCCAUACGGCGCUUUCGGAUGGGAAGAGUGGACAACAUAAGAUCAUCCACUGCUGAAGCACUAGCAUUUGUAAAGGCAAUGGUAGAUGGGAAAGCUACAGUACCGGAUUCAGAAAAAAUGGCUUACCUCCAAAAUGCUAUCGAAGCGCAAACAAAUUACACUAUUUUGGCCAUUACAGGAAAGGCAAUAGACAACCAUUUGCUAGCUCUUAGAGAGUUAGCACGAGAACACUUCAAGGAACUACCUGAGAUCUUUACAGAUGAUUUAUACUUGAUCAGUAAUCGAUUCAUUCUCUCCACCAGUCAGGUAGGU